GUCCUUCUCAUCUCAUCAACUCAUCUCAUCUUCAAAAAGUCAUUCUCGUUGCGCUUCGUGCGCAGACGACAUCAACAACGGACAUCAAAGAACAAUAUAAACAAAAGCAAUUAAAUUCUAAUUAUCACCCAUUUUAAAAUUUCUGCUAUUAUCAACCUUAAAAAAAUAUAGUUUUUUAAACUUUUGAAAAUUGUGAAACCGUAUAAUUCUACCUAAGUUAUGGAUUCUGAAGUUCUUGUAGCAGUUCAACCACAAUCAUGCAUACAAUCUAUUCCCACUCCAGUUGUGCCAACUGAUCUUCCAGUUAAAGUGCCUAUGACUAAUAAAUGCCCUUGGGGUCAAAUCAAACCUGCUGAAGCAGUUUCUUUAAAUGAUGUUAUGAGUGAACAACUAAUUACUAACUUGGUUCAAGAUAAUUCUAUCCCACCAGUACAAGAAACAGUGGUAAUAGAUGAUCUUAGUGGCUGUGGGGAGGAAAUAACUGAUCAUAGUGAUGAUUAUUUACUUGCACAACUUUUACAAUUGGAAUUUGAUAAGGAACAUGAUAAUCUCCUCCAACGGGAAGAAUCAAAAUAUAAUGGUGACAGUAAAGUCAAAGUGACUUUUGGAAAAUAUAGACGUCUCCCUUAUGCUACAAGCUUUUCAUCUGAUGAAGAAGAUGAGGACAAAGAAUAUUACUUAGAACAAAGUGCUAAGAACCACUGGCAUAAUUUUGAGCAAGCUGAAAAGACUUUCCAAGCUGUUGGUAGGAGUGGUGUGUCUCGUCAAGGUGGAGUUAUGACCUCAAAACAUGAUCCGACUAUGUGUGGACGAAGGAAUGCUGGAAGAUUAAUGGAGGUAGCAUUCAUUAUAUUUUAUUGCACUUUAAUUGUAGAAGUUUGGCCUGAAGAAGAGUCUUCUCCUGAGGAUCAGCCAUCUCCUGAGGAUCAGUCUCCUCCUGAAGAACCAGUUCGCGAAUUUGCCAUUAAAGUUUUCAAAACAACUUUAAACGAGUUCAUCAACCGAGACCAAUACAUUAAGGACGAUCAUCGUUUCAAAUAUCGUUUCUCUAAACAAAAUCCAAGAAAAGUUAUUCAUAUGUGGGCUGAAAAAGAAAUGAGGAACCUAUUAAGAAUGAAGGAAGCAAAUAUUUCAUGCCCUGAAGUGAUUGCACUAAAAAAACACGUUCUAGUAAUGACUUUCAUUGGUAAAGACAUGUUACCCGCACCAAAAUUACGAGAUGUUGAUCUGCCAUUUGAGGACAUGACAAUAAUAUUUGAACAGACAGUGGAUAUAAUGAAAGAUAUGUACACCAAAUGCAAGUUAGUACAUGCUGAUUUCAGCGAAUACAAUCUACUAUGGUAUGAAGACAAAACUUGGGUGAUUGAUGUAAGUCAAGCUGUUGAAAUCACUCAUCCUAGAUCUUUAGAAUACUUACUAAGGGACUGCACAAAUAUAUCAAAUUUUUUUGACAAGAAAGGAGUAAAAGAAGUUCCUAGCCCUGAAGACCUAUUUUUUCAAAUUUGUGGACAGCGUCCAUUAAAAUCUGAUAGUGUACCAUCAACAAAAUUAGAGGAAUGAAAUUUCUUAUUGAAGUUACGUUGAAAGAUUCUUCUAAAUUGUACUGGCAAUAACUGUGAUGUACUUUUAUAAUGUUCAAUAAAAUUUAUUGACUUAACUUAUAAAUUCAAUAAACAAUUUUUGCUAUUGGGA